AUGGAUCAACUACGAGAUUUCAGUCCUAACGAUAUUCAAAAUGGAAUACUUGCGCAAAUGUUUCGAAAUGCUGGUAUCAAUGAUGUUCAUAGUUAUAUCGGUGAGGUUCAUCAAAUGAGCAAUGACGAAAAUUAUAUUCCUGUAAAUAACUCAGAAAAACGUUCAGUUGAGCCAGAAAGAAACGGUGGAUUUUUAAACAAUGCUCAGCAAAUACUCGAUAAACGCAAUGAUGGAAAAAAUCGUCUAGAAAAUGCUAAACAAAUAUUUCAAAUGUAUAAAUCCUUGGAUAAAAAUGGUGAUGGUAAAAUAACAGUGGAAGAUGUCGAAAUUCUUCUCAAAGAAAUAGGCCUCGGUUUUGUUAGUAAACAUUUAGCACGUGCCAUAUUCGAUAUUAUUGACACCAAUCACAAUGGUCGAUUGGAUUUUCGUGAUUUAUUAGCACUCACUGCUAUUCUAAAACGUUUAUCAUCGACUUCCGUUACUUCAGAUAGAUUUUAA